GGGACAGCGACCGGAGCCGACGGGACAGCCCAUAUGGGCCUUGGGCCUUGCGUACACAGCCCGACUCAGCCUCACUGACAUUCCUGCAAACCCAGUUCCGAGGGUCCAGUCAUCUCACUGAAUUCUCCUGACCAAUGGCCAUCCCCAAGGGCCCCCUGAACCCAGUGCCCUGGGAACAAGGCAGCUUCCUUCAGGUGAAAGUGGAGGAUGAGGAAGAAAGUAGUAUCUCCCAGAGCCAGGAAAUCAGCCCCAGCCCCAUGGCCCACCCUGAGGCCGCCCGCCUGUGCUUCCCGCACUUCCACUAUGAGGAGGCAUCCAGCCCCCACCAGGCGCUGGCUCAACUUCGAGAGCUGUGUUACCAGUGGCUGAGGCCUGAGUCGUCCUCCAAAGAGCAGAUGCUGGAGCAGCUGGUGCUGGAGCAGUUCUUGGGAGCACUGCCCCCUGAGAUCCAGGCCUGGGUCGGGGCCCCGUGCCCCAAGAGUGGGAAGGAGGCUGCGGUGCUGGUGGAGGAUCUGACUCAGCUGCUGGACCAGAGAAGUAACGGGAGCAUGGCAGGAUGGGAGCCAGGAGUGGAGCCUGAAGAGGCCGUCUGCAAACAAAAUAGUUCAGAGGAGUCACAGCCACCAGACAUGGCCACCAAAACCCUCAUGGGAGGUGUUUCCCCCAAAUCCACCUCUGUGGACACAUGUGACCCUGAGGGCAGCUCAGAGAACCAGAUAGAUCUCUUAAGGCCAAUCUGGAUGAAGUUCACUGCUCAAGAGAUGGAUUUCAGCAAAGCUCUGGGGCCUCACAUGGACACAUCCAAAGACCAGCCUGGCCAUGAGUCUGUUGCCUCGGGAAACAGUCCCAACACAUGGCCAAACUUCACCUCCCAAGAGAAGGCUCUUUCAGAGGAGAAAUUUGGCCCACUGGAUGAUUGUGGGACAGUGCCUCCAGAUACAUACUUGAAGAAGAAGCACUCCAAAUGUGGUGAAUGUAGGAAAACAUUCCAGAACAGUUCAGCCCUGGAGGCCCACCAGAAGAGCCACUCUUGGAAGAUGCUCUAUGCCUGUAUUGAGUGUGGGAAGGCCUUCAGCCGGAGUACCCACCUCACCCAACACCAGGUUGUUCACACAGGAGCAAAGCCCCAUGCAUGUAAAGACUGUGGGAAAGCCUUCAGCCGAGUCACCCACCUGACACAGCACCAGAGGAUUCACACUGGAGAGAAGCCCUACAGGUGUGAGGAGUGUGGCAAAACCUUCAGCCGCAGCACCCACCUCACCCAGCACCAGCGGGUGCACACGGGGGAAUGGCCCUAUGAGUGCGACAAGUGCAGUAAGGCCUUCAGCCACAGCACCCACCUGACGCAGCACCAGUGUAUCCACACAGGGGAGAAGCCUUACAGGUGUGAAGUGUGUGGGAGAGCCUUCAGUGACUGCUCUGCUCUGAUCCGACACCUGAGAAUCCACUCUGGAGAGAAGCCCUAUCAGUGUAAGGUUUGCCCAAAGGCCUUUGCACAGAGCUCCUCCCUCAUCGAGCACCAGUGGAUCCACACAGGAGAGAAGCCUUAUAGAUGCAGUGACUGCGGGAAAGCCUUCAGCCGCAGCUCAGCUCUCAUGAUGCACCUGAAGAUUCACAUCACUGUGCUUCAGUGACCAGAAGCCCCCCUCAGAGCAUAGCACAUUCUCUCUCAGAGGCUUGACCAGGAUCCUAGAAACCCUAGAUUCCACAAGAGCCAGAAGUAGUAUGUGUUGACAACUCAGUCCCCAGCAUGACAAGAUGUCUAAAAGCAGACUGGGGCUAUGUGGAAACACCUCUGCUUUUGAGGACGCAAAUAAAGUCCUCUGAGGAACGCAGAGAUUCAACCAGCUGAGAAAGCUUCCAGAAGGUUCCUUCUAACCUCUUAUAUCCCACUCAGGCUGGUCCCAGAGAGAAGACAUCGGCACUAUGGUUCUGCAUUGGUUCUCAGGGCAGCAGAAGUGACAAUGAGUAUCUGUCAGGGUUCAGGUUGUCCAAGACCCUCUAGGCAGGGAGACCCCAGCUUCAGAUCUUCUCCUUCAGCCCAGAAGGGGCACCGACGAGGCCCACCUCUGUGCCUUCCUACCUGCUUCCUCCCCACAUUAACUUAUGCCCACCUCCAAGACAGACUUGUGAGGUUGCCUCUCCUGUGAAACUUUCCGCACCGUCCCUCUCAUGUUCUCCCUGUUGUAAUCCACGGUGCUGCUUGACGUUUGCCCAGUGUCUGUCGCUUCACCUCAGGCUCAUCUCUAAUCACCUCCACAUGUGCCAUUGCCUUCUGUGAGCUCUCAUUGCCUCCAACUGCAUUUGUAUCUGUGCUCUCCUUCUCACCACUGUCACCUUCACUCUCCCUCCAGGAGCUCUUACUGCUACUCAGAUCAGAUUGUGUCAUUCCAUGGCAGGAAGUUGUCCACUGGGUCAUCUUUUGCAGCAAAGUUUCCUGAGUGGGUUAUAAGUGUGUAAAGAUACAUGUAGGUCACUUUGGCCUAAAUACCUGCUCUAGUUAUCCUCAAAUGCUCAUAUGGAUGUUGUCAUUUCUCUUUGUCGAACAGUGAUGUGAAAAUGGUUUCAAAGUACUGGUCUGCCUAUUGGGAAAACCAUCCUCCUCACCUGUUGCCUGUGUUUGCUCCAGAACUGGCCUCCUCUAGCCUCGUCUGCUCCUGUGGCCCCACCUUCCACAUGCCAGCCAUGCAGAAUUCUGUUAGUUCCCAAAAAAGCCAUACCUUGUCUCACCUGUGUGCCUUUCUCCCUAUACCAGGAACCCUGAUGUCCUCUUUCCUCUGGGAUGUCCCACAUAUCCGUGAGAAGCCUCCCUGACCACCUUGACCAGACUUCAUCUUCCCUCUCUGCUGCUAGGUGCCCUGUUUUACCUGUCUUAUGCCUCUUACCAUGUCAUGGUACUUACACACUUCUUACAAACCCUGCCGACUGGAUUUCCCAAAGACACAGAGUAUUUCAUGUUGUAGACAUGGUACACAGUGAUGCAGUAAGCUCUACCCAGUCUCCUGAUCGAGUGUGACCAGUACCUUCCUUGGGCAUUCACUGUCCUCCACCCUAUAUUUUCUUCCUAACAACAUUUAUGGUCCUAGCUGUGGACCCCACAGGGCAAGAGGCCCUGUGCCCAGAUAAUCUAGCUGCAGUAGUCUAAGCAAAAUGUAGCUAUACUGGGUCCUUCUUGCCUAGGACCCUCAAGCCCCGGGUGCCACAGACUUAGGGGGUACCAGAAGUCCACCAAUAUGCUCUCUGUGGUCCUAUCCAUCUUCUAGGCUCUGCGUUCAUAACUGAAUGCCUCUACUCCUCUGAUGAGCCCGUCCUCUGUGGCUCAUUUGACCCACCACGUUGUGAGUGGAUCACCAUCACUGUCUCUCCCUGUGUAUCUCCCUGACUUUUAGAGUCAUCACCUCACAAAAAAAUAGAGACUGAGGGUAAAUGUUCCAGGAAGGUGAGACUCAGGGAGGCUGACACUGCAUCAGUAUCUCUGAGAGUUCUAGAAACAGGCAAAACACAUGGUACAUCACAGGUGAGAGACUGAGGAAAAGGUGACAGACUUAGAGAAGACCUCAGAGGCAGUGUUCACAGGCCUGCUGAACUGAUUGCACAGGCUUCAAGGAACAGAAAGGAAUUGAGCCUGAAGUGGGCCUGCAGAGCCCCACUUCUCCAAGAGCUGCCUUUGAAACAUCAGAUCAGAAGCUUGCCUAAUUCUAAAAGGCCUCCUCAUCUAUAACACAGAACUAAGACCCACCAGCUACAUUACCUGACCCCUGCAGGGUCUAGCCUCAGCCACUGGGUCCCCAACAGCUUGACUUCCCUCUCCCUGACAUUCAGAGCACCACCACCCAUUUUACUGUAUGUACCCAGGUCUGAAGAGGAGGAGGACAAAAGAGAAAGAAAUGUUUUUAUGUCAAGAUCUUUGUGUGUUGGGGCUGGAGAGAUGCUCAGCAGUUGAGUACCUGUUGCUCUUGCAGA